UCCGCAGUCGACCGGCUGCCUGUGCGCCUCCAGUGUGCUCCCCGAUGUGCCAGUCAGUUGGCCAGCCAGUUGGCCAGUCAGUUCGCCGGGCCGUUUGACAGUGAGAGUGAUUAACAACACCUUUCGCGACCACCUGGAUUAGCAUCGCAACAAACCAACAGGUCGCCGUGAUGGCUGCUCGGCGCGGUGCUCGGCGCUCGUGCGGCACGGGGUGCUUGGUGGCCGCCACCGCCGUCCUGCUGAGCUCCGCCCUCCUCGCGGUGCACGCGUGGGGCUGGGGGCCUUCCGGGCUCAACGACGACAACUCUUCGACCGUGGCCGCCGCCGCCUGCGUCCUGGACCCGGCUUGCAACGCCGAGGUCGCCGUGCAGGACGCCGUCCAGGACGCCGUCGAGGGCAUGGUGCGCGACACGGCGGCCAUCGACCCCUGCGCCGAGCCCUGGGCGUCCUCGGACCCCGGGUCCUGCCAGCGGGAGCGCUUCCUGGCGCAGCUGGAGCGCCUCGAAGUCCACGACGGAGACAACAAGCCUCAGCGGCUGCUGGCGCAGCGUCUGCUGAGCGCGUCCCCCGUCUUCGUGCCGCUGGUGCCCGGCGUGUCCGAGGGCUGCAGAAACCAGAGCGAGCGCUUCGCCCGCGAGCUCUCCGACCUGUCCUACUGGGCAUUCCAGAUGCACGACGCCUCCGCCAAGCUCCCCUCCGGCAUCCUGAACGGCAACGUGAACCAGAUGGGCGACUUCCACCAGUGCCUGUCCGUGCGCAGUCCCGACGGCGAGGUGCAGGGUCAGCACUGUGUCGCGUACCUGCAGCUGCUGCUGCGCCAGGAGCACCGCGGCGACACCCAGAGCCCGCCGCACCCCGUGCUGGCCGCCAUCUACGACGGCGUCUACUCGCACCACGCCUUCAAGAGCAACUUCGAGGACCCGGGGCACCGCGUGCCGCGCUUCUCCACCAUCAACUGGGGCGUGUGCGUGCCCGCGGUGUGCUCCGCCGCCGACGUGGAGCUGCAGGUGGACGCCUGGAGCCGCGCGCUGACGGCCAACACGGGCAUCGCGCUGCGCGUGCGCGUCGACCAGGACAUGUGCCAGGUGCACCGGCCGUGGGCCAGCAUGCCCACCAGCUCCGUCAUGGCAAGCGCUUUCUUCGGCGCGGUGGUGCUUCUGGCCGUGGUGGCCUCCUUCUACGACGUGUACUCCAGGCCGGCCGAGGGCGAGGUGACGGACAAGGCCAAGGACGAGGCCAAGGACGUGCCCAAGAAGGGCCUGGCCGGGGACCUGCUGCUCGCCUUCUCGCUGCCCAAGAACUGGGCCGCGCUGCUGUCAACCAAGAGGUCUGCCGACGACAUCGAGAGCGUGCACGGCAUCCGCUUCUUCAACGCCAUAAUGCUCCUCCUCUGCCACAAGUCCAUGUCCGUCUUCUACAACGGCUACAGCAACCGCACUGAAAUGAGCGAGGGUAUUGGUCAACACUGGACAACUAUUGCUCGUGCAGCCAGCCUGUACACAGAUCCUUUUAUAAUGCUGAGUGGGCUGCUGACAUCAUAUGCCUAUGUCAAGAAGCUGGAGCGUGGACAAGAAAUCAAAAUGCUGCAAGAGCUUAAAAAUCGAUACAUUCGAUUGGUUCCAUCCCUGGCAGCCCUGAUUAUGUUCUGUACCUUUGUGCUGCCUUGGCUAGGAUCUGGCCCACUGUGGAAUUUGGUGAUCAAGUCUCACUCUGACAUUUGCAAACGGCACUGGUGGAGAAACCUUCUCUUUAUCCACAACUGGUUUGGUUUUGAAAACAUGUGCUUGACUCAUACUCACCACGUUGGAAUUGACACACAACUGUUUUUAGUUUCCCCUCUGCUUGUGUGGAUUCUCUGGUCGAAGCCCAAGCGAGGCUUUGCUAUCUUGGGAGCUAUUGCCACAAUUUCAACAAUGCUCCGAUUUUACUACACAUAUUUCCAUGAACUGAGCUUCUUUGUGUACUUUGGAUCUUCGAUUUCACAAAUGUUCAAAACUGCCGAUCUAUCCUAUGUCAUGCCAACACAUCGCCUCACUGUGUACCUCAUGGGAGUUUCCCUUGGCUAUAUAUUGCGCCAUUGUGGUCGGGACUUCAAGUUGAAACAGUCACACUUGACCUUGGGCUGGACUUUGGCGCUUGUAUGCCUCUAUUUAUCAGUUGUAAGUCCAUCUUUCAUGGGAACAGUUGGCUACAAGUAUGAAGCCAUCCAUGCCGCAAAUUAUGCAGCUUUCGCACCUAUUACUUGGUGCUUCCUGUUCGGUUGGAUCAUAUUUACUUCAUACAUAGGCAAAGGAGGAUCAAUUGGGCGAUUCUUUUCUUGGCAUGGAUUUCUUGUCUGCACAAGAUUAUCUUAUGCUCUCUACCUCACUCAAUUCCCAGUAUUUUUCUACAAUGUUGGACUCACCAAAGCUCCCAUUCAGUACAGCUUGUUUAUAAUGUUCAAUAUGAAGGAAACUAUAGCUAUUUUCAUGGCAUCAGCUGUCCUGACUCUCUUGUUCGAGAUGCCCGCUCAAAAUGUGAAGAAUGCUAUCAGCCAGCAUAGGAAGCAGCAAGCUAGCAACAAGAUUGCUACAGCAGGCCAAGAAUCCCAAAAGCUUAAGGCUCAAUGAAGUUAUAACACAGCUUUGGACACAUUCAAAAUUUUGACUCAAUUUUUAUUCAGAGGCUGAAGGAAUUUACAAUCAAAUUACGUGGCUUUAAUAACACUGAACCUCAUGUUACUGCCACUACAGGGUAUUACUGAAUAGAAAAAGCCUCAGACAUUACCAUUCAAAAAUUCUUGAAUUGUUAUUUUAUGCAAAAUUUGUUAUUGCUUCAAGUUUGUUUAAAAGAUAUGAGUAAGCUAGUUGUAAGAUUUAAAAUAUUUAUUAUUGUAUUUUGUCUAUUGUUUCAUGUUUUACCCCAGUGUAGAAACAUUUGUAAAUAAUUGUGAUAUUUCUUUAAUCUUGUGCUCAUGAUAGGUACUAUUGACUUCAUAAGAGUUAUUUCCACUGUAUUUAUCAAUACAGUGAAGAUUUGCAGUCGCUCAUAAGAGCGGCUAGGGUAAAAGCCCUGAAGAAUGUGAGCAUGGUCGCACUUGUACUCAAGUGCUUAGGCUGUGAUAUGAUCUAUGAUAUGCUUGCAAAAUUGAAAGUAAAUGUAAUUACUUAAGUGAAUAAAAGCUAUUUGUUGAAA